AUGGGCCCUCAAACAGCUCCCAAGGGUCCCUCAAAAAUACCUAAUCCAAAGCAAAAACACCUCCCAAAAACCCGAGCAAAAAAACCAGGGGCCCUCACCCACCCCUUUAAUCCAAAGCAAAAACAGAGGGGCCCUCAACCACCCCCCAAACCAGAGCAAACACAGGGCCCUCACCCACCCCUCAAUCCAAAGCAAAAAACAGAGGGGCCCUCAACCACCUCCCAAACCAGAGCAAAACAAAGGGGCCCUCAACCCACCUCUCAAUCCAAAGCAAAAAACAGAGGGGCCCUCAACCACCUCCCAAACCAGAGCAAAACAAAGGGGCCCUCACCCACCUCUCAAUCCAAAGCAAAAAACAGAGGGGCCCUCAACCACCUCCCAAACCAGAGCAAAACAAAGGGCCCUCACCCACCUCUCAAUCCAAAGCAAAAAACAGAGGGGCCCUCAACCACCUCUCAUCCAAAGCAAAAAGAAACAGAGGGUCUUCAGCUACUUCCUAAUCUCACUCUUCCUUGGGGCCCCACCUCCCCAUCUCCUCUAAUAGCUGCACGUCAAAAAACAGUUUCCUUCUAUUUGACCUUUGAUGACCCGUGUGCCCUAAGGAGUCGUCUCUUUACUCGCACAUUUCUUUAA